AUGACUCUUGAUUGCUCUCCUUACACUGCUAAUAAAACUAUAUCUUAGCAAAUCGGGUUAUAAACCAGAAAUUAAGAAAUAAAUAAGGGGGUACAUAAUGAUUAAUUCCUAGUAUCCGUUGAGGCUAAUACAAAAGUUGAGAAUAGCAAUUAACUGUUUGGUGGAGGGACGGAAACGUAGCAACUUCAUGAUGAUCCCGAUGACUAGUCGAAUCACUAACUACAAGAUGAUGAUUACAUGAACUCGUUCGAGGACUAAGUCAACUAGAUCGUAGCUUCACCAAAUUAGGACUCCUUCUUUAUGGAUGAAGAUAUGCCCUCGUAGAAUUAAGUUCGGAAAAAACAGGGUCAAACAGAGUUCAACAACUAAAGCGAAUUCAAGCUUUAAGCAAUGGGGUAAAAUUUGAAUUAAUAUGAGGAAGAAAGCAAAAGCUCUCCAAAAUAAUAGCACUUGCAGCAGCAGCAACUGUAACUCAAUGAAAGCAGAACUACUGAUAUUGGCAGUUUAGGAGAGACAAUCAAUAAUACCAAUCCUAAAAAUUAACAAUAAAAUAAUAAGCCUUAAAGUUUCAAUACUACAAAUAUGAGAAGUUUAUAAGUAUCAAAAAAUAGUGCUUUCUAAGUUUUCAAUAAGUAAACGAACACAAGUAUUAGGAACGAUCAAGUCCAACAGACUAAUCAGAGCAACGCGAGGUGCAAUUAUAGCGUACUAAAUGAUGAGGAAUAAAAAUCUUAAAAUAAUAAUCUCUUUGCAAUAAGUGACUCUAUCUUGAUGAUGCUUACUGACGAUAAUGACCAAGAAGAAUCAUAAAAUAAAAAACAAAAUGAUAAACCCCAAAGAAGUGAAUAGAAUCUAUUGCUUAGACUCACUAAGAAGUUAGUUGAUACUAUUUAAAUCUGUAAUCCAGGAUUCAACUAUCAGCCAAUUAUGAAUCCCAAGCGUGAUCUCACUAUACCUUCUGAAGGAGUCCUAAAUAACGGUUAUGAUAACUUAGACAAUGAUUAUAUAUUAAGAGUCGGAGAUUAUAUUAUUACACCAGAGAAUAGAGAAUAUGAAAUUUAAGAUUUAAUGGGCAAAGGGACAUUUGGCUAAGUAGUCAAAUGCCAAUGCAGACAGGGUAAGGAAUUAGUAGCAAUCAAAGUAAUAAAAAAUAAGAAGGCCUUUAAGAACUAGGGGGUCAUCGAAAUUAAGAUACUUGAUAUCUUAAACAGAGUUUAUGAUCCUAAUGGCGAGAUGCCAAUAGUAAGAAUGCUUGAUUUCUUCGUCUUCAGAAAUCAUCUGUGUAUUGUGUUCGAACUAUUGUCAACAAAAAAUAACAUGAACAUAAAGAUUAUUGAUCUGGGUAGUGCUUGCUUUGAAGGCUUCGAUUUCUUUCAUUACAUAUAGUCGAGAUUCUACAGAAGCCCCGAAGUACUUUUAGGACUGCCUUAUGAUUCUUCAAUUGAUAUGUGGUCCUUAGGAUGUAUUUGCGCAGAAUUAUUUCUGGGAAUUCCUAUUUUUCCGGGAAAUUCAGAAUAUGAUUAAUUAGCUAGAAUUAUUAAAAUAUUGGGUGUGCCCUCUUAACAUCUUAUUGCAAAAGCUAGAUUUAGAGAUAAAUACUUUGUCUUCAAUCCUGAGACAAUGCAAUAUAGGUUUAAGACAUUUGAGGAAUACUAGAUUACAAUGAAUAUUAGGCUGGAGAUUCCAAGAGAAUAUAAUAAGCUAAGAUGCCUAGAUGACUUAAAGAUAGUUUUUAUCUAGAAGAAAAGACUAUAGCAGUAUAAUCAAAUUGCAAGAGACCCUCAUUUUUAAAAUGCUUAGAAUUUCUAGCCAAAAAUUACAGAAAGUGAAAUGAAUACGAUGGAUGCCUUUAUUGAUUUCUUGAAAGGCGUUUUGAGAAUUGAUAAAGAUAACAGAUGGACUCCAAGUAUGGCCAUGGGUCAUCCAUUCAUUACAAGAGAUCAAUAUUCUAAUCCAUAUGAGCCGCUUAGAGAUAAUGAAAUAAGAUCUACUUCUGACACAGCAGAUGAUUCGAACUCUAAUCAGAAGUAAUCAGUAUUAUAACAAUAGCAAAUGAGUAACUCCUCCAAAGAUUCCAGGGAAUAUAAGGCUGGAUCCUGUCCUUCUAAAAUCCUAUAUCCAUAAACAGCAACUCUGCCUUAGUAUCUUCAAAAUCAACAGCCGGGCUUUCAGAACCCUCCUUCUUAAUAAUUUCCUUAAAACUUCCCAGGAAAUCAAUAUGUAUUUCAUGGAAUCAAUUCUAAUAUUUAAUCUCAUAGACCUCCUAUUCUAAGUAUUCCCGAAGAGUACUUUAAGGGUUUUAUGUUCAGUAGACUUGAUUAAAUUUUAUCAAUGACCAGAGAGUAAUUACUGUAGUUUGUGUAUGAAUAGAAUGAAAUUGCUUUCAGGUAAUAAUAGGCUCAAAAGAUGCAUAUGAUGUAGCAAUAGUAACUUAUAUUCCAACAGCAACAGCAGAUGAUGAUGAAUUAUCAAUAAAUCAUGAUCUAGUAAAACCCCCCACAAAUAUAAAAUCCAUAAAGCUUCUAGCAGCCCUAAAAUUAGAUGUUUCCUCAAAAUAGACCAUCGUUUGGAUAGCCAAUUAUGAAUCAGGGUUUCAACAUGAACCCAAAUUAAAUAUUCAUGGAUUAAAACGCAUUAAACUAAUAGCAAAUAGACCAAUAAAGACAGGGAUUGAAUCAAAUUCCAAAUCUUAAUCAAUAAUAGACCUAAAUUGCAAUUGGUGGUGGAUAAUUCAUCUCUGGACCUCCUCCCAAUUAAUAAGCUUUCAUGCAGCAACUCCCUCCGCAUUAAAUGAUGAUGCCCUAGAAAAUGGUUAUGACUAAUGAGCAAAUUAUCUUCAACCCUCCUCCAUAUUAGAUGUAGAAGAAUUAACUAUAAAAUGCAGCUUAGUUUAACGAUCCCAAUUAUAAUGAAGCAAUGUAAUAGCAAAAGGCUUAGGCUUUCAGAAAUAGAUAAGGAGGCAACUAGGGCAAGCCUGGAAGUUGGUAGCCCCCUCAAGGAAUAGAGAAGCAGAAAUACAAUCAUUACUACAAUUAGAUUAAUAAUCCUGGCUAAAUAAUUGGAAGGCCCAAUUAAAUUGGGGACUUCUAGCAAUAAUUUAUUCAUCAAAAUCAGAAAAUUCCUGGUCUUUCUCAAGCAAAUCAUCAUGAUAAAAGCGAUAAUUCAAAAGUAGGUUCUUUCAAUACUAAUGAUUUCAAGAAGCUUAAGGAAAAGAAGUCUCAAGGUAUGAAGAGCUCUGGGUAUCAGUUUGCCAACAAUGUAAUUAUUGAGGAAAAUUAGUAAGACUAGCAUUCAAACUCUGAUAAAGGCCAGCAUGAGGUCCCAUUUCCUUCAGCAAAGCAGUUCUUACCUGUGACUACUGAUGCAAAUUAGUACCAAUAAAAAGACUAAUAUUUUCCUCUGUUUCAAGAUAACUUCGCCUAGAACUCUCAGUUUCAUCAACAACAAGUAUUAGAGAAUUAAUACAAAAUGAUAAAUCCUGCUCACCAAAUCGGUGGCAGCAUCCCUAUGAAGCAAUUUCCUUCCCCAAAAAUUUCAUCUGAUCAAAACUCUUUCAUAAUGAAUUAAAAAGUGCUUCAAUAAUAGAAUCAAGCAACUCACAGCAGAAAUCAAAGUCUGAAUAAUUUACCAAUAGAUGGUACUAAUACCAAUCAGUCGCUAAACAAUUCAUUCUCAUAGUAAUCAGUAGGAAAUGUAUCAUUAAAUUCUAGUAUGAGUGGAAGUAGCAAAAGUUUUUUAAAGAAAUUCGAGUAAUAAACUGCCAAUAAUCAGUAGUAGAUUAAUCCAAUAGGAGGUAUUGGGGGUGUACCAGACUAGUAAAAAAAUUUCAUUAAUAAUAAUCAUCACUACCAUUCUUUUAGAGGAAAUGAUCAGCAAUAGACUUCUCAUUUAAAGUAAAGUGGAGCACCUUUCAACAUGCCCUAGCAUGUAGGCAUAGGUGCAAAUCUUAACUAUUCAAUGAGUAGUUACAGGCAAAGAAGCGACAGUGACCAAAUUAUAACUGAUGAAUCAGCACCUAUAACUUGA